AUCACAGAUAAGAACUAAUAUAAACUAAAUCCGAAAUAAAUUGCAUGUGUCUCUCACAAGCAGUUGAACGGGAAUCGUAACCGCUUGCUCUGUUUGUUUAACGUUAUCUGUUCACUUCUCUGACUUGCGGUCUGUCGUGUUGUGCUCUUGACUGUUGCGGUAUGCUGUUAAUGUUGCUUUAAAGAAAUAGCUUUUAGCUAUUAAUUUUGUGAACAUAAUACGAUACCUCAAGCUCUUGCCAUAUUUAGAAAUGUUAAAUCAAACUUCUCUCAGUUCCUGUUAGAGAGCCGCGUGGCCUUUGGCGAAUGAAUGACUCGUAGGUUAGAGAAUUCAGAAUAUCCCUACUUGAGUGUUUCUGUCCGGCUGGGCAUCACUGUCAGUCUGAAUGAAACAAAUACUUCAUAAGGUUCAGCUUAAAACCAGAGCUCAACUGAUUUUAAUGUAAACCAGACAGAAAUGACCAUAAAAUUCCAUUAUUCCAUGGACAAGUUAAAUUACUUUAAAUAGCUUUACUGUCUCUCUCUCUCUCCAUAUUAGGGCCUGCAAACGUUUAUAGCACAACCUUUUCAAAAACCCACAUACUUCCCAUCAGCAUUUCACACUUGGCCUGUUAAAGUAAAAAAAAGAAGCUGUUGAAAGUUGUUUCCUUUCAUUACUGAUCUACAACCAGCCUCUAAAACCAAAGUAAUUAAUACAUGAGAACUAACUAAACUGACUCCAGGCCAGUGUUAAAGGGAGCUUACAUAGAAAGCCUCUUGUUUCCUGAUUUUAACCCUCAGUUGCAUGAGAGAUAGUUUUGAAAUAUUAACUGGUAGUUCUGUCUCUCUGAGCGCUGCAGGCAUGCUUUUGAGAUCUUCUAUUCCACAUCCCAUCUUCACCUUAGCCCUGUCAAUCAUUUUGUCUCCCAGCAACCCUGUUCAGAACAUGGUUCAGGGGGUGGAGUCUGUCAUCGGGAGGCGUGGCUUUUCAGUGGUCUGGAAUAUGCCUACAGCUCGGUGUCAGCGUCGAUAUGGUGUCUCCCUGCCGCUGCAUCAGUACAACAUUAUACAUAACUCACAGCAGAGAUUUCAAGGUCAGAAGAUGAGCAUAUUUUAUCAGCGCCGUCUGGGCCUCUACCCCUACAUCAACCGUCAGGAGUUAAAAGUCAAUGGUGGCCUGCCUCAACAAGGAUCCCUAAAGGCUCAUCUCUCAUUGGCUGAGGCGCAGAUCACUGAAGUGUUGAGACAGACGUUCAGUGGAUUAGCUGUGCUAGACUGGGAGGCAUGGCAGCCCAUAUGGAUGUGGAACUUCGGAACCAGAAUUGUUUAUCGUAAAUUUUCUAAAAAGCUGGUUAGGUUGGAACAUCCAGAUAUGUCAGAGGAGGAAGUGAAAUCCGAGGCGAAGGCGGAGUUUGAAUUAGCAGCAAGAGAGUUUAUGGAAAAGACUCUGCGCCUUGGUGUUCGCCUCUGUCCAAAUGGAUUAUGGGGGUUUUAUGGGUUUCCUGGUUGCUUUAACAAUCAUGGCCAAGGACAGAGCGGAUACACGGGGCAGUGCCACAAUGGCACUGAGAGUUUGAACGAUAGACUGGCGUUUCUAUGGCAACACUCCACUGCCCUGUAUCCCAGCAUUUAUUUAUGGCGUAAACUGGCAGGACACACACAUGCUCAACUAAUGGUGAGGCAUCGUGUACUUGAGGCCCUCCGAGUGGCAUCCCAGCAUUCACCUGGCACUGAAGCACUUCCUGUUUUUCCCUACGCCAGAUUGGCGUUCACACACACAUUGACAUUCCUGAAUCAGACAGAUUUGGAGCACACACUAGGUGAGAGUGCUGCUUUAGGUGCCGCUGGAGUUGUGUUAUGGGGCGAACUGAGUUUUGCCAAGUCCAAGCGGCAGUGCGCCCUCUUGCGUGAUUACCUAGGCUCAGUAUUAGGAGAGUAUGUCACCGCCCUGCAGGCCAGUGUGAGGAACUGCAGCGGAAGAAUGUGUAACGCCCAUGGACGCUGCGCUCGACGGGACCCUCACUCAGGUUACAUGAUCCCUCUACAUGGUACCCAUGAAGCUCUUCCUCUCAGUGACAUGAGGUCAAAGUUCAAGUGUUUGUGUUAUGAAGGAUGGAGUGGAGAACAAUGUGAGCAAAGAAGUUCCUAAGAACAGUGUGCUGUCCUGAUUUCCCCUGAUUAUAAACCACACACUGACUCAAUAGCGAUUGGAAUAGAUGCUUUUGAUUCAUCCAACAACAAUGAAGGCAUACAUGUUAAAAGUCAAUGUGAAACCCUUUUUGCAACCCAUUUAAUUUCUGUAAUGUGGCAUUUAUGAGUUAAAUAGAAUAUUCAAUAAAAAAAAAGUAGAGCAAGACUUGAGUUUAUCCAUCAGGAAUUGCUUGGAUGGCGAAAAGUGGGUGUUAUACAUACUAGAAUGAGGUUAGACUUGAAUCUUUGCUAAACAUUGCCUAAAUAGCAAUUUAACUAUUUAUUAACAUUAUCCAACAGAGUGCAACCAUUCCAGAAGUAUUUUUUACCAUUCAUUUUUCCUGAAGGGACUUUAAAAAAGUCUUUCUUAAAAGGUCAUAAGCUAUUAACCAAACCAACAAGCUACGAGGUGAAGUAAAACUUUAAUUUGAAGCAAAAAAACUAUUUGAAAAUAAAGGUUCAAGACUGUGUACUUAACAGCCUUUAUAAAAGAACUACAAUCUCAUGAAAAGAAUAGAACUACAAUCUCAUGAAGCACAGCAAAUUAUAUUGUUCAUGCUGUUAAAAAUUAACAGCUGUUAUAUAUAUAUAUAUAUAACAGCUGUUAAUUUUUAACAGCACGAUUUCUGGUGAAAAACUACAUUGCCCAUGAUUCUGCAAUGAAAUUUCCAACAAUCAGAGAAUCGAAACAAGCAAAUCAGGGCAAAAUAACUUUCUAGUGCCCAUCCACUCCCGUGAUCGAGUCUCCCUAAUCAAACUACUUAAAUAUUUGUUUUUAUUUCAACAAUAUCAUUUGCUGUGCUUCAUGAGAUUGUAGUUCUAUUCUUUUCAUGAGAUUGUAGUUCUUUUAUAAAGGCUGUUAAGCUCAAGUCUUGAGCUGUAUAUAUAUAUAUAUAUAUAUAUAUAUAUAUAUAUAUAUAUAUAUAUAUAUAUAAUCAUUAGAAGUAAUGAAGAAUGGUCUGUUAAAAGUUUAUAAAUUAUAAUCCCAUUUAUGGAGAAAAUAAAUGGGAUUUUUACUUCUAGAAUCUGACUGUUGCACUCUAUAACCCCAUGGCCUAAGUGACAUAAGCAGAAAUGGAAAGUCAUUUUAAGAGCACAUAUAAAUCAUUGACAAAAAGACCAGGAACAUAAUUAAUAGUAAAUUGGGACAAUUUUGAUUUCAUUUUAACUUUAAAGUGCUUCAAAAACCCAACAAAAUGUAAGAACCAUGUAAUUUAUC